GACUGCGUUCCUACAUCCCCACAGUCAAGGUGAGAUCUCUGGAGGAAGGCGAUCAGAUGCAAAAGUGAGCACACUGUCGCUCAGAUUUCUUCUCUUUAUUGACAGCAGAUUGUGGUAUUUUCAAGGAACUUCCAUUGAAAAGAUUCAGCAAGAGACAUGUGGAUCGUGGCUGUCUUGUUCCACCUACUCCUGGUGCAUCUGGGCUGCUCCCACUUUGUGCAGUGGACAUACAAAGAAGGAGAGCUGGAUGAAGAGCACUGGGGAAAGCAAUUUGCAGACUGUGCUGGCAAGCGCCAAUCUCCAAUUGACAUCCAGAGGAAAAAAGUGAUGUACAACCCACAGUUACUGCAGCUGGAGCUGAGCGGUUACGAUGGGCCUUUGCAGGGGGAUUUCACAAUGACCAACAAUGGUCACUCUGUUCAGUUUGAUUUGCCACCCACCAUGCACAUCUCCAGAGGGCUCCCAGGUCUCUACACAGCUGUACAGAUGCAUCUCCACUGGGGUGGCCUGGACCUGGAGACCAGCGGCUCCGAACACACCAUCAACGGGAUGAGAUACUUUGCAGAGCUGCAUAUUGUCCAUUACAACUCAGCUGAAUACUCAAGCUUUGAAGAAGCCAAAGACAAACCAAAUGGACUGGCUGUGCUUGCUUUCCUGUAUGCGGAUGGGCACUUUGAGAACACCUACUACAGUGAAUUUAUUUCCAAACUGGCAAAAAUCAGGUUUGCAGGUCAAUCAACAAAGCUCCUUUCUCUGGAUGUCCGAGCCAUGCUGCCAGAAAACCUGUCACACUUCUACAGGUACCAGGGCUCACUGACAACACCCCCUUGCUCCGAGAGUGUGAUCUGGACCAUUUUUCAUUCUCCAAUUGUCCUGUCACACACACAGAUUAACCUCCUGGAGAACACGUUGCUGGACUGGCAAAACAGGACGCUGCGCAAUGACUACCGGCAUGCUCAGCCCCUCAAUGGGCGAGUGGUGGAGUCCUCCUUCAGAGCCAAACGCACUCAAGAACAAUGCCAUCCAGAGGAGUUCAGCCUCAGGCUGGAACAAAUCCAGACACAGCUCCAAGACAUGAAGAGCGAGUUGCUGAACAGAGCAAGCCACAUAGGUAUUAAAUCCAGCACUUUUCCAGCUUUCUACUUCCCUGUGGAAAACAUUGAGAGUUUUGUGAAAGUCCACGUCCUCCAUGAUAUGUCCCUCCAAGCCUUCACCUUAUGUUUCUGGACAAAAGCCCAGCAUGCUGGCAGUCAGACUGUUCUUUCCUACUCCACACAGGAGAGGGAGAAGGAGCUAGUGAUGACCGUGGGCACAGAAGUGGGAUUGUGGAUAGGAAGCCAUUUCAUCAGCUUCCCCCUGAAUCACAAGGCACAAGAUUGGCUGCACUACUGCAUGGCAUGGGCCUCCCAGUCUGGAACGGCAAAUCUAUGGCUCAAUGGAGCAGCUGGUAAAGAAAAGAGUAUCCAGAAGGGGUAUGUGAGCCAGGCUGGAGGGACACUUGUCCUUGGGAAAGACAGAGACACUCUUCUUGGCACCUUCUCCAAUGGUUUUGCAGGCUGGAUGACCCAUGUCAACCUGUGGAGCCAAGUUCUCAGCCCUGCAGAUGUUCGGGCACUUGCAAUGUGCAAACCAGGGCAACUGAGGGGAGAUGUCAUAGCAUGGGGAGAAACCUCCAUGACCCUCUUUGGGGGAGUGGUUCUGGAGUCAGACACCAGCUGUCAGUGACCCAAAC